AUGGUGGCGGACAGCAUCGUCAUUGUCGGAGCCGGUAUCAUCGGCCUCGACGUCGCAUUGGUGCUCUCUGAAAGAGGAUACGGCAAGUACAUCACCGUCAUUGCCGAGCAUAUGCCCGGAGACACCUCCCCGGCGUACACGUCUCCAUGGGCCGGUUGUAAUUUCUCUGCAAUUUCGGGCACCGACGCUAAUGCCCUGAGAUGGGACCGCCACGGCUACACCCAUUUGUGUAAGCUGGCAUCGGAAAGCCCCGAGGAAACUUUCGUCCAGCGGACGCCAUCCACUGAACUGUGGGAUGAAAAUGUCCCGCAUGACAAGAUUAAGGGUAUGGCGGAGUAUCUCGAGGAUUUUCGGGUGCUGUCUGCAAAAGAACUCCCCGAGGGUGUGAAGUUUGCCGUCUCUUUCACGACCCUCACAGUAAACGCACCGAGCCACAUCGACUAUUUGUACUGCAGGCUAAAGAACCAAUAUGGUGUGCGAUUCGUGCGGCAGAAGCUCCCAAACAUCCAUUCCGCAUUUGGUAGCCCAGCGACCAAGGUUGUGUUCAACUGCAUUGGAAAUGCCGCCAAGACGCUCCCUGGUGUCGAAGACCCCAAAUGCUAUCCAACUCGUGGCCAAGUACUGCUAACAAGAGCUCCUCACGUCAAGACAAAUAUUAUGCGACAUGGCAAGGACUAUGAGACGUAUGUGAUCCCGCGGCCGGAGUCGAAUGGGAAUGUUAUCCUCGGAGGGUACAUGCAGAAGGGUGUUGGUGACAGUUCCACCUAUUCGUAUGAGACGCAGUCAAUCUUGGAUAGAACCAAGGAACUGAGCUCCGAGGUGCGACAGAAGGAUCCCGAAGUCCUCGCAGCUUUCGCUGGGCUCCGGCCAUCUCGCGAAGGUGGCGCGCGGAUUGAAAGAGAUGAAAUAUUGGUUGCUGGGGAGAAGAGAACAAUUGUUCACAACUAUGGCGCUGGUGGUACUGGGUUCCAGGCGGGUUACGGCAUGGCUCUAGAUGCUGUUCGGAGCAUUGAAGAUGUGUUGCGUGAGCUCCGGAAUAAUGAGCCUCGAGCACAUCUCUGA